UGCGCCCAUUACCCAGCAGCCCUUAUGUUGGCCCUGUAACCCCCCACCCAGAUGCAGGGGAUACUGAGGAGACAGCACUUUCAAGAAGAUGGCUCCAACUUUGGCUUUGUUGCUCCUCUGCCAAGUAGCUUUAUACACAACUGUAACAUCCAAGAAAGUGUGUGGCCAACCACCUGUCACUGACGGGAUUGAUGAGUCGACCCUAAAACGUGUGUAUGAGGUCGGAGAAGAGGUGACUCUCACAUGUGAACGGGGCUACUUACCUUCAACUGCAGCCUCUCAGCGGAUAACCUGCACCGCCACAGGAGAGUGGACGCGGUCAAACCUGGCAUGUUCCCCUAAGAUGUGCCCUAUCCCCAGACCUCUGCAGCCUUUAGCGAAGGGGAGGACAGAAGCUCCAUUCAAGAGCGUGCUCAACUUCACUUGUGACGAUGGGUAUGUCAUGCAAGGCGCCAAUGAAAGCACGUGUUUACAUGACGGCCGCUGGAGCAAUCCACCACCCCUCUGCAAAGCUGUGAACUGUCCUCUGCCCAAGCCACCAAGAGAUGGAAGAAUUGUCCAUGAUAAGCCAGUUUCUGGAUCCACCACCAUGUAUGGGCAGGGCUGGACAUACGAGUGUAACCCGCCUAAAGCACCAAGUCACGAGAGGGGAUCCUGCAUGGCUGAUGGAAGCGCAACUGAGCCACCAGUGUGCCGAGAUGUGAGCUGCUCCAUUCCAACAAAUAUACCAAACGGCUUCAUCACCUUUGCUGUGAUGAGACAACAUGGAUACAAGGAGAAGGUUAAAUACGCCUGCAACGAGCACUAUAUUCUGGACGGUGAGGCUGAGAUACAGUGCCGAAACACGGGGAACUGGUCUUCCAAGCCAGUCUGCAGAGCUCCCUGCACAGUUGGAAUCAAAAGAGGCCGUAUUUUCUACAAUGCCAGGAAGCUCUGGAUCGCAGACCUGAAACCCAACAGAGUCCUCCACGGAGAACAUGUUGCCUUCUAUUGUCUGAACCGAGCUGAGAGGUGUGGCUAUCCUGUGGCCAGCACCUGUAAUGAUGGAACCCUCCCCAUCCCAGAAUGCUUUGAGGAACCAGGCAAGGUGGAGUACACCUUAAGGGCCAAAAAUCUUCCAUCAGAAAUCACAAUGUGUGCUGCUUCACCUCCUGCAGGCCCCACAAGCCCCGCAAGCCCCGCAAGCCCCCCAAGAUCUGCAUAACUUUUCACAGAAUGAGCUGAAGCACCAUGUACACUUACAGGAUGUGAAUCUCUGUAUCAUGACUAAUACAUCUGUAACAAUAUGCUGCAAGACAGAGAACAUGUUUGUUAUUGGUUAUGUUCAUCUUUCAUUUUGACUGUCAUUUACGAUUUAUAAUAAAGUAAUAGUUGUAAUUUGUCGAGAAAAUUAUGAAAAUUAGUUUUCAGAAAAAUAGUGCCGUGGGACCUGAGAGAGUUGCUGACUUGAAGAGCCUGUGUAGAUACAUACAGCCGGUACCCAGAUUACCAUUAAAACUCAUUUAUGAUCACACUAA